ACUGCCGCCCUCACUAAGCAUGGUGACAUCGCACCCGUCGCCCUUCCUGCGAUAUGACGUCACAAGUCAAGAAUGAGGAUGUGAGCGCAGCAGCCUGCGGACGUGGCCUGUGUGGAGUGCUCGUUCCCGUACUCGUUCCUGACGUUCCACCGCGACGGGAGCGCGCAAGCGGGACACCUGUCCUGUGCUAGGACGGUGGCCGGGAUGAGCCCUACGAAAACGAGAGCAGAGGCCAAGAGAUGAAGUAUAUUUUCAGUCUCUCUAGCAGUUGGCCUGAGGAUGGCUGGCCGGCAUGAAUCCCGGAGUUACCUGAAACCAACAUCUAUGUCCUCUACUACAGGAGGUCACAGCUAUCACUUUGCAGCCAUGGCUAACUUAGAGAAUGACCUUUCAGAAGAAGAAGCCGAAGAGUAUGAACUGAGGCCCCGGGGUAGAGAGAAAACUAGAAGGAGCACUUCCAGAGAACGCCUUGAUGAUAUUAUCCUUAUAUGCAAGGACAUUGCUGAAGGGGACACGUUAAAUUCAAUAGCACUCCAGCAUUGCUGUACUGUAGCCGAUCUCAAGAGAGUCAAUAACCUUAUUAAUGAACUGGACUUUUUUGCAUUGCGGUCAGUUAAAAUACCAGUGAAGAGGUUCAGUUUAUUGACGGAGUCACAUUUCUCCCCAAAGGGGAAGAUAUCAAGGACGGUGCCUAUCCAGCCUUCGGUCGAAAUCCAAGAAAUUAACUUGGCUCUAACUUCAGAGACAGUCGAUAGUUUCUUACAAGAAGUAGACAGAGACAUUGAGCAGAUAGCGAGGUCUACAGACAUGAAAAAAGAAAACCUACACGAAGUGGUCUCUGCCUUAAGUCAAGAACCCCAAUUUGAAUCUGACCACAAAAUGUCUAGGCAAAAAAAUCCUUAUCAUGGAGCGGACUGGGGACUGGGCUGGUGGACAGCCGUUGUGAUAAUGGUUGUUGUUGGAAUAAUCACACCAGUGUUUUACUUUCUUUAUUAUGAGGUUCUAAACAAGGAACCACCUUCAAACUCAUCACAUGUUCCAUAGCUAGAUCUUUUAAAACUCACUUCCACUGUUCAUAAAGAUAGAGGUGGCAUCCUCCUCUAGAGACGGAACCUUCAUGGCUACACCUGCUGGAAGGAUCGGCAGCAGAAACGGCAUUCUGAAGGUGGAAUUCAGCUUUUUGGAGGAUACUGUUUUUGUAUUACACAUGCAGUUAAUUCCUUCUUUAUGGAUGGUUUUGUUUUGUCCAUUCUGGCACUUUUCUACGUGCUCGAAUACAAGAGACCUAAAAUAUCUGUAUAUUUAUUACCAUGCUAGAAUUUUGGAACUAAUUUGUGAUAAUUGGCAAAAUACUGUCCUCUAUACCACCACUGUCUGAUGGUGUCGACUGUGUGUCGGCAUGAUGCUUUUAUUUUUUAAGCUGGCUUUUUCAAAAGAAGAAGUUUGUUUUUUUUCUUAAA